AUCCGAGCGGGUCUCGGCGCGCGCCGCGACCCCAUGGCGGACUCGGGGGCCGAGUCGAAGCCGCUCCUGAGCGGCGCCCGCGACGGCAGCGGCGACAGCUCGGCGGACUCGGCCCCUCACUACGGCGCCCACGUCGGUCCCGAUGCCACGGACAAGCGGGCUGUGUGUCUGGAGCAGGCUGUGGUCUUCAUUGAGGACGCCAUCCAGUACCGCUCCAUCAACCACCGCAUGGACGUCUGGUCGAUGUGGCUGUACCGCUGGUACUACUCCAAGCUGUGGCAGAGGACCCUGAGCUUCUCCAUCUUCCUGAUCCUGCUUCUGGCCUUCGUGGAGACCCCGUCCUCCUUCUCCUGGACCUCGGACGUGCGCUACCGCCGGGCCGCCUGGGAGCCGCCGUGCGGCCUGACGGAGAGCGUCGAGGGGCUCUGCCUGCUGGUCUUCGUGGCCGACGUAUCGGUGAAGGCCUACCUGGUGCAGACGGCCCGGUUCCGGAAGAACCCCUGGCUGCUGUCCUACAUGCUGGUGCUCGCCGUGUCCCUCACCGACUGGGUGGUGUCGCUGAGUGUCCUGUGUCAGGAGCCCCUGCGCGUGCGCCGGCUGCUGCGGCCUUUCUUCCUGCUGCAGAACUCGUCCAUGAUGAAGAAGACCCUCAAGUGCAUCCAGUGGUCACUGCCGGAGAUGGCCAGCGUGGCUCUGCUGCUGCUGCUGCACCUGUGCCUCUUCACCAUGUUCGGGAUGCUGCUGUUUGCCAGCGACAAGGAGGGCAGCAGCGGGCGGGACCGGGAGCGGCAGAGCUACUUCCGCAGCCUGCCCGAAGCCCUGACCUCGCUGCUGGUGCUGCUCACCAUGGCCAACAACCCCGACGUGAUGAUCCCCGUGUACUCCGAGAACCGGGCCUACGCCGUCUUCUUCAUCCUCUUCACCCUCAUUGGAAGCUUGUUCCUGAUGAACCUGCUGACGGCCAUUAUCUACAACCAGUUCCGGGGCUACCUGAUGAAGUCUCUGCAGACGUCCCUCCUCCGGCGGCGCCUGGGGACCCGGGCAGCCUAUGAGGUGCUGGCCACGGCUGUGCAGGACGAAGGCCACCCGCAGGGAAUUGGGGUAAAGAUGGAAGACUUCCUGGAGGUGCUGGAGAAAGUGCAGCUGUCCAGCAUCCACAAAAAUGCCAUCUUGGAGAAUGCACUUUCCUACGGAAGCAUGCUGUCAGCCAGCGAGUUCCAGAAGCUCUUCUACCAGUUUGACCGGAAGGUGAACAACGAGCACCCCCCGAAGCCUGAGUACCAGUCUCCUGUCCUGCAGACUGCCCAGUUCGUCUUCAGCCACCCCGGCUUUGAUUGCCUGGGGAACGUCGUUGCCCUUGGCAACCUGGUGUCCAUUUGUAUCUUUCUGGAGCUGGACGCGGACGUGCCCUCGGGCCAGUGGGACAACUUCACCAUGGAGGUCCUCAACUGCAUCUUCAUCCUCUACUACCUGCUGGAGGCGCUGCUCAAGGUGUUCGCGCUGGGCCCGCGCGGGUACCUGUCCCGGCCCAGCAACGCCUUCGACGGGCUGCUCACCCUGGUCCUGCUGGUCCUGGAGGUCUCCGCGCUGGCUGUGUACCGCUUCCCGCACCUGGGCUGGAAGCCGCCGUUCCUGUCGCUGUGGGACCUGGCCCGGCUGGUGAACAUGUUCAUCGUCUUCCGCUUCCUGCGUGUCAUCCCCAACGUGAAGCUCAUCGCCGUGGUGGCCAGCACCGUGCUGGACCUCAUCAGGAGCAUGCGGGCCUUCGGCGGGAUCCUGUUGGUGGUGUACUAUGAAUUCGCCAUCGUCGGCAUCAGCCUCUUCCGAGGCGUCGUCGUGCCCCCUGGGAACAGCAGCCUGGCCGCCAACGCCUCGGCGUCCUGCGGCACCUUCGAGGAGCUCAACUACUGGGCCAACAACUUCGAUGACUUCGCGGCGGCCCUGGUGGUGCUGUGGGACGUGAUGGUGGUGAACAACUGGCAGGUGUUCCUGGAGGCCUUCGUGCGCUACGCUGGUCCGUGGUCCAAGGUCUACUUCAUCCUGUGGUGGCUCGUGUCGUCCGUCAUCUGGGUCAAUGUGUUCCUGGCUCUGAUUCUGGAGAACUUUCUCAGCAAGUGGGACCGGCACGGCAAUGUGGCCUUGCCACAUGGGGUCCACGAGGCCACUCGGGCCGUGUCCAUGGAGCUGCUGUUCAGUGACAUCCUGGAGGAGCCCACGGAGGAGCAGCUGUUGGAGAAGCUGCGCAGUUACUCGUACCUGCAGCUGUGCCGGUGACGGCCCAGCCGCCGACCGACCCAGGCCGAGUCCGGCCGAGCCCGUCUCUGGGUGGGCGUGGCAGGGGGUGGGUAACUGCCGUCCAUCUGUCGUUGAGGGUCCGAGCUGCACACGCCCCUCUGUGCCCUCCUGCCACUGGCUGCCCCGGGUCCCUUUCUCUUGGUGGUGAGCUGGUUCUCCCUGGCUGCGGGCCCCACCCUGUGUCCCUGACCGCGGGGCUUGCCAGAGUGACCAGCUGGCCCAGAGCCUGCCCGGCUCCCGCCCCCCAGCCCUCUCGUGGGGGACAGCGCAGUGUGGGGCGUGCGUGCUACCCGGUGCUGUGCCCCCAGCUCCACCCGCACUGCUGGGGCCACCGGGGCAUGGUCGUGGGAAGACCCCCGAGCCGCCAGUGUGACACCUGGGGCCCUGGGACACCCCAGGGGGUCUCAGCCCGUGCUGGGACCUGUAGGCUGCCCGGAGGGAAUGUCUGCCCUGCGAUCCGCCGGGAGACCGUAGGAAGCCGCUGGUGGGCAAGAACCCCCAGGCAGCCCCCUAGACCUCAGCCCUCCCAGUGUUACGGCUGCCCCGGGUCACGGCGACAGACGCACAUUCAGGCUUUUAAA